AAUGUCUCACAACACUCGUCCAAUGUCUCACAACACUCGUCCAAUGUGUCACAACACUCGCCCAAUGUCUCACAACACUCGGCCAAUGUCUUACAACACUCGAACAAUGACUCACCACACUCGGCCAAUGUCUCACCUCAAACGCCCAAUGUCUCACAACACUCGCCUAAUGUCUCACAACACUCGCCCAAUGUCUCACAA